AUGUCACCCGCGAAGAAGAGAAAGACUGGGACUUCCAGGAUGAAACCGACUGGUGAGAGCAAAGCACAGAAGCCGAUCCCCGUGACAAUAUUGUCAGGCUUCCUGGGAAGCGGCAAGACGACGUUGCUCAGGCACAUACUCCAGUCUCCAGAUCAUGGCCUUCGGAUCGCCGUCAUCGUGAAUGACAUGGCGUCGGUAAACGUGGACGCAAACAUCAUCAGUCGCUCCGGUGGGAAGAAUAGUACUACCGGGGAGAUCCGCGUCAGGGAAAAGUUGAUCCAGAUGGAAAACGGUUGCAUCUGUUGCACACUUCGCAGCGACCUUCUUGUAGAGCUGGCUCGCCUCGCCUGGAGCAACGAAGGUUUCGAUCAUGUCAUCAUUGAGAGUUCGGGUAUUAGCGAACCACAACAGGUGGCCGAGACGUUUACAACCGAGUUGACGGAAGCCAUGAUUGACGCCGAGGGCAUGGAGACUGAGGAGAGAGAAGUGUUUGCAAAGGUUGCAAAGCUUGGAGGUCUCAAGUCCAUUGCGGCCGUCGACACAAUGGUCACUGUGGUCGAUGCUUUCCGAUUCUUCUCCGAAUUUGACACUGCAGAAUUUCUGCAAGAUCGAUUUGGCAAAGAGGAAGUUCCCGACGAGGAUCAGAGAACCAUCUCAGACCUGUUUGCUGAUCAGAUCGAGUUCGCCAAUGUGAUCAUUAUCAAUAAAAUCGACAGGGCAGAUGCAAAGACCGUGGGCCGGGUCAGAGCGUACGUGAAGACGCUCAACCCAACUGCUAAGAUCAUCGAGGCCAAAUACUCCAAGGUCAAUGUGCGUGAAAUGCUCAACACUGGGGUCUUCGACUUUGCAGAAGCUGUGACGAGCCCCGGCUGGCUGCGAAGCAUUCAUGAAAUGACUGUCCUCGAUGUCAAUGGUAAAAAGCGUGUUGCACCCAAACCGGAGACUCUUGAAUAUGGCAUCGGAAGCUUUGUGUACCGUGCACGACGGCCUUUCGAUCCCAUGAAGCUGUAUCGGCUCAUUGAGGGCAACUUCAUCCUACUACAAGAUGAAGCUGAAGACGACGACAACAAUGAUGACGAUGAUGACGAUGAUGACGAUGAUGAUGACGAUGGCACUGAGCCAGGUUCUGAAUCAGACCAUCAAAGUGCAUCUGGGGAUGAUUCUGAUAGAGUCAGUGAAGAUGACGCGACUGCCCCUCUCGACGAUGCACAGAUACUGGCCAACAAGAAAGCAAACCCCUACUUCAGUGGACUUCAUCGUAGCAAAGGCAUCUUCUGGCUCGCGACACGACCCUUUCAGAUGGGGUCGUGGAGCACAGCCGGUGCGAUGCUGACGUUGGGAUCUGAAAUGCCCUGGUUUUGCUGUGUAUCUGAAGAUGACUGGGGCGCUAAUGAAGAGACGCUGAAAGCUAUCAAGAACGACUUUGAUGGGCCUUGGGGUGAUCGAAGACAGGAAAUGGUGUUCAUCGGCGAGAAGCUUGACGUGAAAGGUUUGACGGCAAAGCUGGACGCUUGCCUGCUGAGCGGUGCUGAGAUGAAGAAAUGGGAGAAGGUGAUGAAUGAUGAGGAGCUGGAUGGGGAGGCGACAGAGGAGAAAUUAUCAGACAUGUGGGACGAUGGAUACUGGGCAGAAUGGCCGCGCGUAGAGGACACCGAUGAGCAUGAGUAUGUGCAUGUGCAUGUGCAUGAACACGGUCAUGGUCGUAGUCAUAAAGCACAUUGA